AUGGCUUUCAACUACAAGAAGGUGCUCCUCGUUGGCGCCACCUCGGGCAUUGGCGCUGGCCUGGCCGACAAGUUCGUGCAGGAGGGCGUCAAGGUGGUGGCCGUCGGGCGCAGGAAGGAGAAUCUCGACGGCUUCGUGGCAAAGCACGACGGCGACAUGGCCGCGUCCGUCGUCUUCGACAUGACCGACCUGGCCGCCAUGCCCAAGUUCGUCGACGACGUGACGGCGGCGCACCCGGACAUCGACUGCGUCUUCCUGAACUCGGGCAUCCAGCGCGGCAUGAACUUCACCAAGCCGCACAAGGUGGACCUGGCCACGUUCGACCUGGAGCUGACGACCAACUACACCUCGUUCGUGCACCUGACCAAGCACCUGCUGCCCUUCCUGCAGAAGCAGCGUGGCCCGGCCAGCAUCAUCUACACCACCUCGGGGCUGGCGCUGGCCCCCAUCAACUUCUGCCCCAACUACUGCGCAACCAAGGCAGCGCUGCACCACUUCGUGCUGGUGCUGCGCGAGCAGAUGAAGGACGGCGGUUUCGCCAACCUCAAGGUCGUCGAGAUCCUCCCGCCGGCGGUGCAGACGGAGCUGCACGAUGCUGACAAGCAGCCGUAUAUCGAGAACGGGCGCCAGCUGGGCAUGCCGCUGGCCGACUUCAUCGCCGAGACAUGGGCCGGCUUGACGGGUGGGAAGGACCAGGUUCCGGUGGGCUCGUCGAAGGCGAGUUUCGAGAGCUGGGAACAGGAGCGGCAGAAGGCCUUCCUCGCGACCAACCAGCACAUGACGGGGCUGCUCCAGGGCUUCUACGCCCACUGA